GGGGGGGCGGGGCCUGCGGGGUGAGGGGUCGGUAAAUAUUGGUGACGUCAGACCGCCAAGAUGGCGGAGGGGGAGGACGCGGGCUGGUGGCGGAGCUGGCUGCAGCAGAGCUAUCAAGCCGUCAAGGAGAAGUCCACAGAAGCUUUGGAAUUCAUGAAACGGGACCUGGCUGAGUUCACUCAAGUAGUGCAGCAUGAUACGGCCUGCACUAUCGCUGCUACAGCCAGUGUGGUCAAAGACAAGCUGGCAAGGGCAGAAGGUUCCUCAGGUGCAACUGAAAAGGUGAGGAAGGGGCUCUCUGACUUCCUGGGUGUCAUCUCAGACACGUUUGCUCCCUCGCCGGAUAAGACCAUUGACUGCGAUGUCAUAACACUGAUGGCAACGCCCACAGGUACCACAGAGCCCUAUGACAGUGCCAAGGCUCGCCUCUACAGCCUUCAGUCAGACCCAGCCACCUACUGCAAUGAACCUGAUGGCCCUGCUGAGCUCCUUGAGGCCUGGCUCACUCAGUUUAACCUAGAGGAGAAGAAAGGGGAGAUCGCGGAGCUGUUGGCAACCAGCCCUUCCAUCCGGGCUCUCUACACCAAAAUGGUCCCUGUGGCUGUGUCCCAUUCUGAAUUCUGGCAGCGCUACUUCUAUAAAGUGCAUCGCCUGGAGCAGGAUGAAGCCCGGAGGGAGGCUCUGAAGCAGCGAGCGGAGCAGAGCAUUCACCAGGAGGAGCCAGGCUGGGAAGAGGAUGAAGAGGAGUUCUUGGGGAUGUCACCCCUGCCUUGUGCAAACGUGAAAUUUCCAGGAGCAGCAGAGAAAGAAUCUGCCCCCGCAGCCCUGGAGGGAAGCCACCCCACUGCUCACAAGGGACCCUCAGAGGAGAGCUGGGCCGUCCUCCCUCCAGAGCUGGCCCCAGCAGAGGGGAGCCCCUCUGAGAGCAGUGAGAGCAUCUCCCUUGUGACUCAGAUUGCAAACCCUGCUUCUGUGCCUGCUGCACAGCUACAGACUGGAGCGCAACCAGCUGGGACCAGAGACCUCUCCCAGAGGCUGCUGGAGGCCACCGUGGAAGAGCAGAGCUCCCUGCCAAAGUCCCCAGAACCUGGUCAUCUUUCUGCACCUGCCCGGGAGUCAGCAGCAUCCUCAGAACAACCAACUGUUACAGAGCUCAAAGAGGUGGAAAGCAAAGCCCAGGGCAGGACAGAGACUCUGAAAGAGGAAGGACCAACAGAUCUACGUGUCUUCGAGCUGAACUCGGAUAGUGGGAAAUCCACUCCCUCCAACAAUGGCAAGAAAGGCUCCAGCACUGACAUCAGUGAGGACUGGGAAAAAGACUUUGAUUUGGACAUGACUGAAGAGGAGGUGCAGCUGGCGCUCUCGAAGGUGGAAAUGUCUGGGGAGCUGGAAGAUGAAGAGUGGGAAGACUGGGAAUAAAGCGACUGCUUCCAGUGUGUGUCACAGGCUCAUUUCCACCAUCGAAUGUGAAUUAAAUCACAGACUGGCUGUUCCUUUGUGUGUAACUCUGCUGGGGAUUGCAGUUCCAGGCUGGAGGAGUUUCAUUCCUGCUAAAUCCUGUGGGCAACUCAAGCGACCCCUUCAGACCUGGAGGAGGAGGAAGCAGGAGUUCACUCGUACAACUUAGCUGCUAGGGAGCCCAUCUUCUCAGUAGGUCCUAGAGACUGGCCAAGCCCAAACUGACUGCCCCAAAAGUGUCGGGUGGGGGCAGAUGCGACACGUGAGGGGUCCCUAGGGUGAGCUGGGCGCUCGGGCACCUGGCAGGAUUGCUUGGUGCCGCUGGACUGCCGGCUGGCUGAUUUGUUUGCUUGUGUGUGCGCAUGUAGUCUGCAGUACAGCAGUUCAGUGGCUCUUGGCUGCAAGCUGUGCCUGCUCGCUCGCCGCUCUGCGCUGCUGGCCAGGCCAUCCCUGGAGAAAGCCCCUGUGCAGGGGGUGGCUGGGGGCUGGAGAUGCUGCAGUAGAAGCCCCUUCUGCUGUGCCACUCGUUGCUGCAGAGAAAGGCAGUUGGCUUGUGGCUUUGACCCAAAGCUGGGCUGUGCCAGAAGAAGCCAAAUGCCCUGCCAAACCCUAGCUUGUGCCUGGCUUUUCGUCUUGGAAGCUUUUUCUAAUGGAAACUGCUGUUUCCUGCUGCAAGAGCAGCAGCUUCUCCAAGAGCCAAGGCCUGCUGCUUCCCCCUUUGCAGCUGCACUGCCUUCCUCUACUGGAUUUUGUGUAUUUCUAGUUAAAUUCUCCAAGCAAAGUACUUGUGGCUUGCUCUUACUUGAGCCCUUCUGGGCAGGCAGUGAUUUGGGUCAUGCUGGGAGCAGAACCUCUCUGUUGUGGUGCCCAGUUCAGCCCUUGCAAAGCCCCAGUCUGGCCUGCUGACCACUUCAGCUUCUGCCUUUGGCACCAAGGGGCUCAGCGUUCCCUCUCCCAGCCCAGGGGAGGCAGAAGCACCUGAGCGUGGGGUGUAGCUGUUGGCUGAGGCUGUCCCCGCUCGUUUGACUCCCCUCGUGCCACCUGCACCAGGCCCCACGGCCACCAGGGUCACAAGCUUUGCUGUGCUCACUUGGGUUCUUUCACUGAAGCCCCCUGUGACUGCUUGCAAUGCUUCCCUCGGACCCACAGCCCCCGCCUGUGGGGCAGUUCCCUUCUAAUGUCACAAGAUGCUCCUUAGUGGAUGUUGCUAAUAUACGAUUAUCCUAAAGGGACAGAACCCUCACUACUGUCUCUGGCCUUUUGGGUGGUGGUUUUAUAUGUGCUACCUUUGUCCUUCUGCCUCUUCCCAGGGGUGCUUCAUUGGAGCUGUGGAUUUCCUUCUGCUUUUGGAUAACAUUAACCUAGGUGCACUUGGAAGAGUUGGGAUUUGGGGUUUUUUUUCCCCCACUUUGGGGAGAUUCUCAAGCACAGCUGCCUGUGCAGAUGGAUUGGUGGCAGCGGUGACUUCAGACGCUUACACAAGAACGUGUCUGUCCUGCAAAACCCGUGAGGGUGUGGGACUGAGCUGCAACUCCUCCCUCGUGGUGCACGGUGGGCCCAGCAGAGCCUCUGAAAUGUGCUGCAGCCUCACCCUGUCCUGGACUCAAAUUUAGCUGUAGCGGGAAAACUUGUGGGUGACACCAGCGGGGGUGGCUGUGCAAGGGGCUGGGGGCUGUGUUCUCUCGGGGUUGGAUGGUGUCACAGCUGGAUCCCUGGGCCUGCAGCAGAGCUCCAGAGGGUGCAGUGCUCUCGUCUGUGUCACUUGAUUUUUUUUCUCUUUAGUCAAAUUAACCGUUUGGUUGUCUGUGCAAUAUUCUGUUCUGAAGUACUCUGCAUCUCCCUGAGCCUUUUCUAGCUGGGGUGAAAACCAGGAACAAUUCUAACAGCUGGUAGUUUUGUAACAAUGACUUUCUCCAAACCUUUUACAGACUUGCAGUUAACAGCAAUUAAAGGAAUUCUACAGAGUC